UUUUUUCAGUGAUGGCAUCAAAAUGGUUGCAGUUCAUAACCCAGAGGCAGAUAGAGAUAGUACUUGAAGCGUCAUUAAUUUCUGCAUUUUUUAAUUGUUGGCAGAAUAGCUUAGACACAAUGGCAACAUCAAGGAGGGAGCCUCAACCAAAUGCUAGGGUCAACCAGGGCGUCCGGAAUAUGUCCCCAGGGCUCAAAUCAAGCGAGUCUGACCAAGCGCUACGGCGUGCAAGGUCCGUCCCAACCUCUCCUGAUCGCAGAUUAUCCCCAUCCCCUGCCUCAAGCUCAUCGAACACAUGUCGACCCUCAUCAUCGUUCAGCACGCGCACCACCUCAUCCCGGUCCACGUCUGGCUCGGGCUCUUCUUCCACUCACGGAAAGACACUGCACUCUGCUUCUCUGGCCAGUGCAAAGCAAUGCAACACAAUGAGGAAAAAAGUAGAGAAGCCUGGUGCCACAUCUGUGUGGCCUGCAGCCCUUGCAACACCAAAUGCUUCAUCUAAGAAUAUGACCAGGACAGCAAAAUCGCCAUCCAUCGUGCAGAAGAGUAACCUCUCUACAAGGCCUGGUAUCGAGAAGAUGGCAACAUCUUCUGUGAAGCUGAAAACUCAGAGAUCAGUGGCAGGACCUCUUGGAGCUGGAAAAUCUCAAGAUGCAUCUUCGACCCGUGCUCCUGGUACUGUAGCAAAGAGAAGAACAGGUGCUCAAAAUUCUAUCUCUAUCCAGAGGACAAGAAGUGUGCCGGAAGGACAAAUAGAGACACCAAAAAUCGAGGAGCAAGAUGUCGAGCUGUUGAUGGAAUUUGAUGAGACAGAGAGCAUAAGCACCUCUUCCAUAGAAGAACACUUGCAAGAACGGCUCCCUGACCCUGUUGAUCUGCAAUCUGUGGAUGUCAAUAGCAAGCCAUCAUCUAGUCAGGAGGAAUACAAGAAUGAGAAUACAGGGGACAUUUCAGAAGAGAAACACGAACGAAAAGACAAUGAAGACCUGAAUGCAGGUGACAAUGCUGAUGUUGGAAUCAACAGCGAUAUAAACAUCCUAAAAGAAGCUAACAGUGAAACUGAAUUGAAGGAAGCUGCGGAUGAAACUGAGUUGAAGGAAGAUGUCAGUGCAACUGAGCUAAAGGAAUCUGUUGAUGUGAAUGUGACUGAACUAAACGAAGCUGUCAGUGAAGCUGAGCUAAACGAAGCUAAUGAUGAAAUCAAGUUAACCGAAGCUGACUGUGAAACUGUAUUAAAAGAAGCUGCCAGUGAAACUGAGUUAAAGGAUGAUGUUGCUGAACCUAAGUUAAUUGUACAAGAAGAGGCCAAACCUAAGGAAGAGAAAAUAAUGCUACCAGCGAAGACCAUGGAGUUGGCACAGAGGUGGAGGAAGGACGAUGGGAGGAGCAAUGAAGUCACAGAGGAGGGCAGGAGCAAGCCUAUCCAGGAGAGGAAGAACAAGGUAAUGGCCUUGGUGGGGAGAUUUGAGACUGCCAUGUCUAGCUGAGAGUGAGAAUGGACGCGAGGAACUGACGGAGCACUGAAAACAAACCUUCUUUUCAUGUUGCAAAGUAAAAAACUACUCUGGUUCAUGAAAAUGUGUACUCAAUUGUGAAGAGUAGAUGUUCAUAUGUUUCAUUCCAUUCAUGCAUGUGACUGUUAGUCUGUUACUGUUAUGGAAUUGAGUGAAAUUGCUGCUACUUCUGCAAGUUAGGACCCGUAAUUAUGUGAUUAUGUGAUGAAAAAGGUAAACCAAUUUUGGGACUGUCUCACACACGAGAUGAAAUAAAAAUUUUCUAACCAAAGGCACCCAGCAACUAGCACAAGAUGCUUUUCAUCUCCACGCAUCUUAUCCAUAAGCAUCCCUACAGAUUAUAAGGUUCAGCCAACCCAAGUCUGUUGCAUCUCUUAAUUCCACAAUGUUUCAAAGUUCAUUUUUUUUGUGCUGAAACCCAAAAUGUGGAGCCAGUGACUUUUUUGUGCCUGUAUUUCUGUUGCGCCUGUUAUCUAGCGAAAUCUAUCGUUUUUUUUCUAUACUUGAUCCAUAUCAAUCUGUUUCGCUAUGUUAUUAAUAUAUAGGCACAAAUUAAAUUAAGUAAUGCAAAAUUUAAACUCCAAGUUACAGUAGCAUAGUAACCAAUAUGAAUUCUAAUAAACUAAAUUUGGUCUUCUCACUUACUCCACACAGCACAAAGCAAAAGUAAAAUAGCAGAAAAUAGAACCCCGUCAUUGAAGAAGGAACAUAAAGUUUUCUACUUACAUAGCCUAAUAGAAAGAAGACUGAGAAUUGGGUAC